AUGAACUACACGUGGACGCUGCCUGGUGGGCUGAAACGAGAUGGACAAAUCUUCACGAUACCAAACGUACUAUCUAGCGGUACUUACAACCUGGAUGUCAACAAUGUGAUGAACGCAAAUUCGGCCCCGCAAGUCGUUAUUGGAAAUGCUAAUGUGAUUCGCAGUGGCGGUGAGACCAAUUGCGAAUACAACGGUGUUACAAAACAGGACAUUGUCUGUCACGUGUCCAUACACCGAAGGAAACCCACCAAAGACGAAUUUCAUGUGGAAACAAGUGCACCGCGAGCUUCUCCAUUUAUGCCUCCGGUACCUAAAGUUUGGACGAAAACUAACAGUAGUGUAAUUCUUACGUAUACUAUUGUGGCGCAUCCUCCUCCAAGAACUUCAUCGGCAUUGGUUUGGCGGAAACAAGUUAAUAAUGAAUGGUUUAUUGUUAAUGAUAAUACAAGAAUUAAUAUUCAAAUUUCCCAAGACAGACUGCAGACAAACCUUUCCAUAGUGCAAGUACAGAAAGACGAUUUCGCAACCUAUACGAUCAAUGUGGACAACGACAUUGGCUCCACAGAGCAGACAUUUGUUAUUCAAGUGAAAGAAGAGCCAGCUAUUCCAGAACAAUUCGGUAUACCAGAAAAUACGAUAACAGACAGCUCUGUCAUCGUUGAAUGGAAGCCGGGAUUUAACGGUGGGGAUGAUCAAUGGUUCGUUAUUGGAUAUAAACAACACACGGGUGAAAAAUGGACUUACAAAACUAUAUUAGAGCAUAUCGAACGAAUAUCGAUUGAAGACUUGGUUGCUGGAACCUCUUAUCAAUUCAUAAUGUAUGCAGAAAAUUCAAUUGGAAAAUCAGCGGAAACAAAUGUUAUAACAGUGACUACACGAGCCAAAUCUGAUCAACGGUCUUCCUCAUAUGUUGGGGCUGCAGCGGGAGGUGCUGUAGGCGGUACGCUCCUGAUAGUCAUCUUGGUGAUGCUCUGGAAAUACAGAAAAGCGUUUAAACGUCAACCUGGCGAAGGUGCUCAUUACGAUGACCUGUUCAAUAGACAAGCCAAUGUCCCUGCUGCCAAUACCAGUUCCGAAUAUGAAACCUACAAAGUCGAAUCACAGCACACAAACCAGUACGAGACAUUGGCUGAAACUUCUUUCCACGAGUAUUCGGUGUUAUCACCUGGCGGUAAACAGGAUUAUAGUGUUAGGAACCGUGUAACUCAAGUUACUGAAACUGAUAGUGCUAUCGUGAAUCAGGAAAAUUUGUCAUUUUCAGAAACAUAA